GGAACUAGGAGUGGAGGCAAUCCUUUCUUUCAGCUGGAGUGCUCCUCAUGAGCCAGCCCCACCCUUAGAAAAGAUGUUUUCCAUGAGGAUCGUCUGCCUGGUCCUAAGUGUGGUGGGCACAGGAUGGACUGCAGAUACUGGUGAAGGUGACUUUCUAGCUGAAGGAGGAGGCGUGCGUGGCCCAAGGGUUGUGGAAAGGCAUCAAUCUGCCUGCAAAGAUUCAGACUGGCCCUUCUGCUCUGAUGAAGACUGGAACUACAAAUGCCCUUCUGGCUGCAGGAUGAAAGGGUUGAUUGAUGAAGUCAAUCAAGAUUUUACAAGCAGAAUAAAUAAGCUCAAAAACUCGCUAUUUGACUAUCAGAAGAACAAUAAGGAUUCUAACUCAUUGACCACUAAUAUAAUGGAAAUUUUGAGAGGCGAUAUUGUCUCAUCCAAUAACCGUGAUAAUACCUAUAACCGAGUGUCUGAAGAUCUGAGAAGCAGAAUUGAAGUCCUGAAGCGCAAAGUCAUAGAAAAAGUACAGCAUAUCCAACUUCUGCAGCAAAAUGUUAGGGCCCAGUUGGUUGAUAUGAAAAGACUGGAGGUGGACGUUGACAUUAAGAUCCGAUCUUGUCGAGGGUCAUGCAGUAGGGCUUUAGCUCGUGAAGUAGAUCUGAAGGACUAUGAAGAUCAGCAGAAGCAACUUGAACAGGUCAUUGCCAAAGACUUACUUCCCUCUAGAGAUAGGCAACACUUACCACUGAUAAAAAUGAACCCAGUUCCGGACUUGUUUCCCCCAAAUUUCAAGAGCCAGCUUCAGAAGGUACCCCCAGAGUGGAAGGCAUUAACAGACAUGCAGCAGAUGAGAAUGGAGUUAGAGAGACCUGGUGGAAAUGAGGUUACCCAAGUAGGCUCCACCUCUUAUAGAACAGGAUCAGAGACAGAAAGCCCCAGGAACCCUAGCAGUGCUGGAAGCUGGAACCCUGGGAGCUCUGGACCUGGAAGUACUGGACACCAAAGCCCUGGGAGCUCUGGACCAGGAAGUACUGGAACCUGGAAACCUGGGAGCUCUGGACCUGGAAGUACUGGAACCUGGAACCCUGGGAGCUCUGGAACUGGAAGUACUGGAACCUGGAACCCUGGGAGCUCUGGAACUGGAAGUACUGGAACCUGGAACCCUGGGAGCUCUGGAUCUGGAAGUACUGGAACCUGGAACCCUGGGAGCUCUGGACCUGGAAGUACUGGAAACCAAAACACUGGGAGCCCUAGACCUGGUAGUACCGGAACCUGGAAUCCUGGCAGCUCUGGACAUGGAAGUGCUGGGCACUGGAGUUCUGAGAGUUCUGUAUCUAGUAGUACUGGACAUUGGCACUCUGGAUCUGGAAGUUUUAGGCCAGAUAGCUCAGGCUCUGGGAACACCAGGCCUACCAACCCAGACUGGGGCACGUUUGAAGAGGUGCCAGGAAAUGUAAGUCCAGGGACAAACAGAGAGCACCGCACAGAAAAACUGGUCACUUCUAAAGGAGACAAAGAGCUCGUGGUUGGCAAAGAGAAGGUCACCUCUGGUAGCACAACCACCACACGUCGUUCAUGCUCUAAAACCGUUACUAAGACUGUUAUUGGUCCUGAUGGUCACAAAGAAGUUACCAAAGAAGUAGUGACCUCCGAAGAUGGUUCUGACUGUCCCGAGGCGAUAGAUUUAGGCAUAGGUACUCUGGAUGAGUUCCGCCAUAGGCACCCUGAUGCAGCUGCCUUCUUUGACACUGCCUCAACUGGAAAAACAUUUCCAGGUUUCUUUCCAUCUACGUUCAGAGAGUUUGCCAGUGAGGCUGAGUCAAUGGGUUCAGAAUCUGGUACCUUCACAAAUACAAAGGAAACCAGUUCUCAUCACUCUGGGGUAGCUGAAUUCCCUUCCAGUGGUAAAACUUCAAGUCACAGCAAACAAUUUAUUAGUAGCACAGCUUACAACAGAGAAGGCUCUACAUUUGAAAGCAAGAGUUAUAAAAUGGCAGAUGAGGCCGGAAGUGAAGCUGAUCAUGAAGGAACACAUUCCACCAAGAGAGGCCAUGCUAAAUCUCGCUCUUCCAGAGACUGUGAUGAUGUCCUCCAAACACAUCCUUCAGGUACCCAAAGUGGCAUUUUCAAUAUCAAGCUACCCGGAUCCAGUAAGAUUUUUUCUGUUUAUUGCGAUCAAGAGACCAGUUUGGGAGGAUGGCUUUUGAUCCAGCAAAGAAUGGAUGGAUCACUGAAUUUUAACCGGACCUGGCAAGACUACAAGAGAGGUUUCGGCAGCCUGAAUGACGAGGGGGAAGGAGAAUUCUGGCUAGGCAAUGACUACCUCCACUUACUAACCCAGAGGGGCUCUGUUCUUAGGGUUGAAUUAGAGGACUGGGCUGGGAACGAAGCUUAUGCAGAAUAUUACUUCCGGGUAGGCUCUGAGGCCGAAGGCUAUGCCCUCCAGGUCUCCUCCUAUGAAGGCACUGCAGGCGAUGCUCUGAUUGAAGGUUCCGUAGAGGAAGGGACAGAGUACACCUCUCACAACAGCAUGCAGUUCAGCACCUUUGACAGGGAUGCAGACCAGUGGGAAGAGAACUGUGCAGAAGUCUAUGGGGGAGGCUGGUGGUAUAACAACUGCCAAGCAGCCAAUCUCAAUGGCAUCUACUACCUUGGGGGCUCCUAUGACCCGAGGAAUAACAGUCCUUAUGAGAUUGAGAACGGAGUGGUCUGGGUUUCCUUUAGAGGGGCAGAUUAUUCCCUCAGGGCUGUUCGCAUGAAAAUUAGGCCCCUUUUGACCCAAUAGACUAAAGGAGUGGGAGUGGGAGCACUCUGGCUUCUUUGCUAGAAAAGUGGAGAGGAAAUAAGAAAGGUAAAGCGUUGAGAUUCUCUACAAUCUAAAAAAUUCCUAGGUGCUAUUUUCUUAUCCUUUGUACUGUAGCUAAAUGUACCUGAGACAUAUUAGUCUUUGAAAAAUAAAGUUAUAUAAGUUUUUUUAUCUUUAAAUAGCUCUGUGGGUUUGAAAAUUUUUAUAAGGAUAUACCAAGGGCCAUUCAGUACAACAGGAAAGUGUCAGACACAAGCUUCCCUCUCUAACCUUGAGGAGUAUUGGUUUGAGAACUUCUCUUCCCAUACCACCCAAAGUCAUAAGGCCAUUGCAAACUAAAAAAGUUAUUUUAUCCAUUUGAUAUGAAUGGUUUUAAGCCAAUAUUUUAAGGUAAAACUCACUGAAUCUAACCAUAGCUGACCUUUGAAGUAGAAUUUACAACUUAUAAUUACAAUGCACAGUUUAUAAUUACAAUAUGUAUUCAUGUCUUUUGAUAUGGAGCAAAUCCAGGAAGACAGGAGAAACAUUCUUUCCUAAAUAGAAAUGAAAAUCUGUCCUUUAAGCCCUUCCACUAGAUAUUGUAAGGCAUACUUAUUUUUUUUUUCCCAGGGUGUAACCAAUUUCUUUCAAAAACACAUUUAAAAUUUUAAAACUAUUUAUGAUUAUUCAAAAAGCAGACAAUUCACACAUUAAUAAAUAAUCUCCCAAGUAUUGAUUUAACUUCAUUUUUCUAACAAUCAUAAACUAUAUUCUGUGACAUGUUCACUAUUAUUAAAUGUAAAUCGUUAAUGGAAAGCAUCUCACUAAGUAUGAUCUAUGCUAUAUUCAAAAUUCAACACAUUUGCAUUGGUCAAUAUUUGGUCCAAGCUGCAUCUUUAAUCCUGGUGGCCUUGCCCUCUGAUUUUCAAUUUGCAUUCUUCUCUAUUAAGAUAUAUUUGCCUUUUCUCUUGAAUAUGUAUUAAAAUAUCCCAAGCAA